AAACUGAGAAUUGCGUCGCUGACUUCACCAACUUGUUUCCAAAUUUCAACCAUCGCCUCGAAUCACUUCGCCGCCUCUACUUAUUUUAAUUGGAAAAAAAAAGGGACUUGAUCCGAACUAACCAUGGGUGUCGAGGGGGGAAUGAAAUGUGUGAAGUACCUACUCUUCUUUUUUAACUUCAUCUUCUGGCUGUGUGGUCUGGCUCUGAUAGUUCUGGGAGUCUUGGUUCAGGUGGCUCUUCACAGCACUGUAGUGAUCAAUAAUGUCUCAGCCUCGUCAGCCCCCAUUGUCCUCAUCGUGGUGGGGGUCAUCAUCUUCUUCAUCGCCUUCUUCGGCUGCUGUGGAGCCUGGAAGGAGAGCUACUGCAUGGUCUCCAUGUUCUCUAUCCUUCUGGGUCUGAUCAUUAUCACUGAGAUUGGUGCAGCCAUCGCUGGAUACGUCUUCAGAGGCAACCUGACAGUCAUUGUCCAUGAGAGUCUCAAUGACAUGGUCACCAAAUACAGCAACGGCACCGACGAAUUCAAGAAGGCCCUGGAUAAACUGCAGAUUGAUCUGAAAUGCUGUGGCGUGAGCAACGCCACUGAUUGGAGAGGCAACUUUGGGUCUGAGAACAACUCUGUGCCAGACUCCUGCUGUGUCAAUGUCAUCGCUGGCUGUGGUCAGGGGGCCAUGGAGGAUUCAAGCAAGGUGCACCAGACGGGGUGUCAGACUGUUGUGGAGGAGCUGUUGAAGAAGAACAUCAUGUGGGUCAUUGUAGCGGCACUGGUGAUCGCUUUCGUGCAGAUCAUGGGCAUCAUAUUCGCCUGCAUGUUGAUGAGGGGCAUUCGCAGUGGCUAUGAAGUCAUGUGAUUAUUCUUCCAAUAACGGGUGGGGAGUGGCUGACAGUCAGUCAAAUUAUCAAAUCAAAUUUGAUUGGUCACAUACACAUUUAUUUUGCCGACGUUAUUGCGGGUGUAGGGAAAUGCUUGUUCAAACAUUUGUGAUUGAGAGUAACAUUUAUUUACACAUUUCUUAUUUUCGAUGUAAACACAUAAAACAGGUGCCUUUGUAUUAAGGCCAAAAUGUCACCUGCCAAGAAUAUCAAUGUUUUGUUAUUUUUUAGAUAAUUAUUUGUAAUUUAAUAGAGCAGCAUUCUCAAAUUGGAGUUUGCACUUGUUUUUGUUGUCUCGUGUUUUGAAAGUGAAAUGUUCUUUUAACUUUAAUCUUAUGAACAUUUUCUACUCUAAAAUGUAUGUUUUUCUUCCUGGUUCCCCAAUUUCUAAGGAUUUUUAUUAAAGAUUUCAGUUGAUACCUUUU